GGCAGCUAGAAAAGUCGACUUGAAAGCAUCAGACAUUACUCACCUGUUUCUCAAUCUCCUCAUCUGAACAGUAUGCACGCCUCAUUCUUCACCGCCGGACUCGUUGCGCUCGCUGCCAUUGCCUCAGUUGUGUCUGCUCAGAGUAUCCUCCCCAAAGAUUGCGACCGUAAUGUAACUGUUCGAGCUAUGGAUACAUGUGAUGGAAUCUCCGCAGUACAGAGCGUUUCAACAUACCAGCUAGCGACAGUCAACAGCGGAACCAUUGACGCCGGUUGUGACAAUUUGUUCAUCGGACAAAUCAUAUGCCUUGGACUCACCGGCCAGGAUUGUGAUGUUACCCAUGUUAUGGGGGCCGGCGACACGUGCCAAAGCGUUGCCGACGCGGCUGGCAUCCCGAUCAGCACUUUGCUCGCGAACAACCCGAACGUGAACAGCGCCUGCGAUAACGUGUACUCUGGCGAGGUUCUCUGCACUGCGAGCCAAAUCUAUGUGAAGACCGCCUAAUCAAAUUGAGCCGGAUAUGUAUUCCUUAGAAAUUGAUUUGAGCAGGAUGGCAAUAUUUAGAAUGACGUAUAAUCUGGUUCUCUGAAAGACAGAUAAAUGCGUACUGAGCUCCCUAGGUUAAUCUCAACCUGUCUCCACCUUCGUGUGCUUCUAUAAGCGCCUCCAGAUACUGUGGAUAUUUGCUACCCACGUGUAAUUGAUGGAUGAAUUAGGAAGGGAUAGACAUGGUGAAGGUAAGUUGGAACAAAGCAGGAGGAUGCAUGUGGGGCGACCCACAGAGAUGUGAUGCGCCUCCGCACAUCCAGAACGGGGACACCCAUCUGUCUUCAAGAUCAUAUCCAUGUGAAAAACAAGGGUGAUCAGUUAGGCACCUAUGUCCAUA